GGAAAGCGGUGGAUUCACCGGGCCCUUCAAGGAAACGGAAAAUGUCAAAAGUAGCUCUGGAUAAAAACAAAAAAUAUGAUCGUCAGUUAAGACUGUGGGGAGAUCAUGGGCAAGAAGCUCUGGAAGGAGCCAAGAUUUGCUUGAUAACUGCAUCAGCCACUGGAACUGAAAUUCUCAAGAACCUCAUUCUUCCAGGUAUAGGAUCUUUUACCAUUGUGGAUGGGGAGAAGGUUACUGGUGAAGAUGUAGGCAACAACUUCUUUUUAGAUAAAGAUUGUAUUGGGAAGUCACGGGCAGAGUGCACCACUGAACUUCUUCUUGAACUUAAUUCAGAUGUGUCAGGAGAUUUCAUUGAAGAGACAACAGAAUGCCUGUUACGGGAAAACAGUGACUAUUUCAAGUCAUUUACUGUGGUUAUAGCUACUCAGCUCCCAGAAGAAACUCUUUUAAAACUUGGUUCCUUGCUGUGGUCCAGUAAUAUACCGCUGUUAGUUUGUCACUCAUAUGGCUUUAUUGGUUGCAUGAGAAUUGUGUUGCAAGAACACUGUGUUGUUGAAUCACACCCUGAUAGUACUCAUCCAGAUCUGAGAUUAGACCGACCUUUUCCUGGUCUUGUACAGUAUGUGGAUGCCUUAGAUCUUAACACCAUGACAAAACAGGAGCAUGGCCACACUCCAUACGUAGUACUGUUAUUAAAGUACUUAAACAAAUGGAAAGCAGAGCACAAAGACAGAGCUCCACAAAAUUACAAAGAAAAAGACAUGUUUAAACAAACAAUUAGGGGAGGAAUUUUAGUCAACAAAGAUGGCAUCCCUGAAGAAGAAGAAAACUUUGAUGAGGCCAUCAGGGCUGUGAACACAGCUCUUGUUCCCACCAGGAUACCUUGUGAAGUUUCCAAAAUAUUCGCAGAUGAUUUUUGUAGUAACUUUACUGAAUCUCGUAGCUCCUUUUGGAUUUUGGCCAAAGCUGUCAAAGAAUUUGUAGAAAAUGAGGGCUCAGGUGCUCUUCCCUUAAGAGGAUCCAUCCCAGAUAUGACAGCAGAUUCAAAAAGAUACAUUGAGCUUCAGAAUAUAUAUCAAGAACAGGCAAGAAAAGAUAUUGCUGUAGUAACUCAACGGGUGCAUAGAAUACUACUCGACUUAGGAAAGUCAACAGAUAGCAUUUCAGAUUCGGAAAUUAGGCUUUUCUGUAAGAAUGCGGCAUUUUUGAGAUUAGUUCGCGGUAGAUCCUUGGCUGAAGAGAGCGAACCUUCUUUGGCCAAGGCGAAUGAAUUAGCUGGUUAUCUUGAAGAUCCAGACAGUAAUGUUGUGUUCUACAUCUUAUUAAAAGCAGUGGAUCGGUUCUACUCGCAGUAUCAUAGACAUCCAGGUAAUUUUGAUGAACAAGUGGAGGCAGAUGUCGUGAAGUUAAAGAGUUGUCUCAGCUCUUUACUUCAAGAAUGGUCAGUGAACGCGGACGUCAAGGAAGAAUAUGUUCACGAAAUGUGUCGAUAUGGAGCUAGCGAAUUGCACCCUGUCGCCGCUUUCAUUGGAGGUGCAGCAGCUCAAGAAAUCGUCAAACUUGUGACUCACCAGUUUGUACCAUUCAAUGAUACAUACAUCUACAACGGAAUUACGGGUUCUUCUACAACUUUGCAGCUCUAAGGAGCCCAGUCCUCAUUGAACUCGAUCUAACGGACACGUGUCUUUCUAGUUUCAUUUCCUCGGUAGAAACGAAGACAGUGAAUAUCUCUCGUCUGAAACUUUCGUCCUUGUUGUUUUUUUUAUCUCACUUAAACCAAAAUGCAACUUCGUGCGACUUUUUUCCAUUGUCGAAGACUGAAAGCCUAGACGAAUAAGGUAUGAAAUAUGACAUGCUUAAAGAAUGAGACUUGUACCGAGGUAGACAACAAAAUCUUUUUUUCGAUAACUUUCUACAAAGACAAAGAAUAAUUAAAACAGCAUUCCACUUUACAAUUUAAAAUGUAUUACAGAUAAUAUUACCGAUGUGGUCAGCACUCUCCUUCUCUAAUGGCACUUAAAUAAUUUUUAACCAGCCUCUUUCAUAAUAUCCUUCCUGGCUCGCGUGAUUUCUACACCACAACUUUAACUCCUCCUUUCCUUAAUGGCUAAUUAACAAU